AUGUAUAACCAACCAAACGGCUAUUCGACUGGCUUCGGUGGAGGUGGUGUCUUGCCAGAAAAUCAAGUUAUUUAUCAAAACGAACAGGGAGAAUUACUAGAAGACGAAUUUGGUCGUACAGAAGAAGAAUUCGAUGAAGAUAUGCAACGCGAAUUAGCUGAUGAUGCACCAUGGAAAAAAAUACAACAAAAUACAUUUACACGUUGGGCAAAUGAACAUUUAAAAUUAGUUAAUAGACAUAUUGAUGAUUUACAAACAGAUUUUAGUGAUGGCUUAAACUUAAUUGCGUUAAUUGAAGUAUUAUCACAAAAAAAAUUACCGAAACAUAAUAGACGACCGAAUUUUCGUUCACAAAAAUUAGAAAAUGUAUCGGUUGUACUCGAUUUUCUUGAAAAUACCGAACGUAUACGUUUAGUCAAUAUUGAUGCUACACAUAUUGUUGAUGGUAAAUUAAAAUUAAUCCUUGGUUUAAUAUGGACACUUAUUUUACAUUAUUCAAUAUCGUUGCCCAUGUGGGAAUUCGAAGUACCCGAUGGACAAAAUCAAGGAAGAGAUGCAACACCAAAACAAAAAUUAAUGAGUUGGAUUCAAGGAAAAUUACCACCCGAAUUACCCAUUACAAAUUUUACAUCGGAUUGGAAUGAUGGACGUGCAAUUGGUGCUUUAGUUGAUGCAUGUGCACCGGGUCUAUAUCCUGAUUGGGCUGAUCGUGAUCCAAGAAAUGCUUUAUCUAAUGCUAAAGAAGCAAUGGAUUUAGCCGAGCAAUUUCUUGGUAUUCCUCAACUUAUUCAACCGCAUGAAAUGAUUGAUCCAAAAGUUGAUGAACAAUCAAUGAUGACGUACUUAUCACAAUAUCCAAAUGCGAAAUUGAAACCUGGAUCACCUGUUAAACCGAAAACAAAUUCAGCUCGUGUGAGAUGCUAUGGAAAAGGUAUUGAACCGACGGGAAACCAUGUUGAUGCUCCAGCCAAAUUUCAUGUCGAAACAUUUGCUGCUGGUAAAGGAAACGUUGAAGUUAUUGUUAUUAAUCCAAAAGGACAAAAAGAAAGGUGCGAUGUUGAAUUUCGGAAUGACAAAAAUCAAACAUACGAUUGUACGUAUUAUCCAACAAUGGAGGGUCAAUAUAAAGUCAUUGUUAAAUUUGCUGGACAAGAAGUACCAAGAUCUCCAUUCUCACCAUAUAUUGAAGGAAAAUCAGGUGAUGCAAGUCAGUGUAGAGCUCAUGGACCAGGAUUAGAACCAUCAGGUGUUAUGGUAGAUAAACCUACAUGGUUUGAAGUAGACGCAACAAAUGCUGGUAACGGUCUGGUUGAAGUUAUAUUAAUUGAUCCACGAGGACGACAAGAUGCUGUACCAGUAUCCGUUAAACCAUUAGGAAAUGGAAGAUUUCGUUGUGAAUAUGUUGCUCGAGAGCCCGGUUUACAUUCGGUAAACGUAUUUUUUGCUGGAAAACCAAUUCCCCAAAGUCCUUAUGGUGUCAACGUUUCACCUUCAAGCGAUGCCAAAAAAUGCAGAGCCUAUGGCCGAGGUAUCCAACCGAAAGGUGUGCGAACGGGCGAUGUUGCCGAAUUUCGAGUUGUGACAAAAGAUGCGGGAGAGGGUGCUAUGAAAGCAACUGUUACUGGACCUGAUAAUAAUGAACUUCCUUGCCGUGUUACAAAAGCCAAUAAUACAACGUAUGAGUGUGGUUACGUACCAAAUCGUGUUGGUCCUCAUACAGUGAAUAUUACAUAUGGUGGAGCUCAUAUACCAAAAAGUCCGUUUCCUGUUUAUGUUGCACCGUAUAAAGAAUCUAGGAUUAGAGCAUAUGGACCUGGUCUUGAAGGUGGAGUGGUGGGUUUUCCAGCCGAUUUUAUGGUUGAAACAAAUGGAGAAACUGGAUCUUUAGGCUUUUCUAUCGAAGGACCAUCUCAAGCUAGAAUUGAAUGUCAUGAUAACGGUGACGGCUCAGCCAAGGUUAGAUAUUGGCCAACAAUUCCAGGUGAAUAUGCUGUACAUAUUCUUUGCAACGAUGAAGAUAUACCAAACAGUCCAUUUAUGGCUUGGAUUGAACCACCUGGAAAUUUUGAUCCAACUAAAGUGAGAGCUUUUGGUCCUGGAAUAGAACCAACAGGUCAAAUUAUUGGUAAACCAACCGAUUUUACCGUUGAUACUAAUAGUGCUGGAGAAGCUCCAUUACGUGUUCAAGUAAUAGAUCAAGAAUAUCAACCAGUCGAUGUACAAAUUAGAAAUAAUGGAAAUGGAACAUAUGCAUGCAAAUAUACACCAACUCAACCAAUACGUCAUGUAGUUAUGGUCGAUUAUGGAGGUGUAGCGAUCCCGAACAGUCCAUAUAAAGUUUGGCCUACAGAGCCGUCAAAUCCAUCAAAAGUUAGAGUAUAUGGUCCGGGUGUAGAAAGAGGAGUGAAAAUGAAUAAUCCAACACAUUUCACAGUCGAUUGUAAACAAGCUGGUCCAGGCGAUAUUAGUAUUGCAUUAACUGAUACUCGAAAUCAAGAUGUGCCAUUCAGUAUUGAUGAUAAUCAAGAUGGAACAUUUACAAUAGCUUAUACACCAAAAUUACCCGGUAUUCAUUGUAUUAGCGUAUUGUUUGGCGAUAGUGAAAUACCAAUAUCACCGAUUAAAGUCAAUGUUGAACCAAGUAUCGAUGUUAGCAAAAUUCGUGUUGAAGGUGUUGAUACAAUGCCAAUUGUUGGCCAACCAGCACAGAUAACAUUAAAUACACAAGCAGCCGGUCCUCUUCCACCAAAUGCGGUUAGAGGACGUAUUACAAAUCCUUCAGGAAAUUUUCAAGAUGCAAUUAUUACUCCGGCACAUAACGGUUAUAAUUUACGUUUUAAUGUUCCCGAACCAGGACAAUACAUUGUUGAACCAGAGGUGUGCAGUUUACCAUUAAGUCCAGUAAUAUUGACAGCUGUUGAACCGUUAGAUCCAAGUAAAGUUAGGGCAUUUGGUCCUGGACUAAGUCAAGGAACUGUAAAUAAACCAGCUGAUUUUAUUGUUGAUACAAGAAAUGCUGGCAAUGGACAAUUAGGUGUUACAGUUGAAGGACCAUCUGAAUCUAAAAUUGACUAUGAAGAUAACAAUGAUGGCUCAUGUCGCGUUACAUAUCAUCCAACAGUGGCCGGCAAUUACAAUAUCAAUAUAUUAUAUGAAAGAAAGCAUAUACCCGGUUCACCUUUUCAUGCUGUUGUUAGACCUGAUUUGGAUACGAGAGGAAUUUUUUGUUAUGGUCCAGGAUUGGACAAAAAGGUUGAUGAUAAUACCGAUGGUCGACGUUCAAGAAAUAGUAGCACAACCGACUAUGAUUAUCGUCGUUCAUCUAGUCAUACUGAUGAACGAAAAUCUGCUAUAUCUAAGGAAAUAAGCAGUGGUGGAAGUGCACUAUCGGCCCUAAUAGGUCAUACACCACUUGAUCCUCUCGCAUUAUCCAAAUCUUCAAUUUCAGUAACAGAUACUCAUGAGCGAACAACAAGUACUAGUAAAGCAGUUAAAACUUCUAAAGGAGUAUUUUUGGAAUCACCAACAGAGUUUACUGUCGAUGCUCGUGCAGUUACUGGUUCUGGAACAGGAAAAGUUGAAUGUUUGUUAACAUCACCAAGUGGUCGAUUAGUACGAUGUCCAGUGAAAAAUAUUGGCGAUGGAACAUAUCUAGUUCAAUAUGCACCAUAUGAAAUUGGAAUGCAUCAAUUGGAUGUAACUUAUGAAAAUAUUCCAGUACCUGGUAGUCCAUUUCGAGUUAAUGCUGUACCAGGAUGCGAUCCAUUACGUGUACGAGCAUAUGGACCAGGUCUUGAAAGUGCAAUGACAAAUGAACCAACAACAUUUACGAUUGAAACCAAAGGUGCCGGUCAGGGUAGUCUUGGUUUAGCUAUCGAAGGACCAAGUGAAGCCAAAAUGAUUUGUCGAGAUAAUCAAGACGGUACAUGUGUUAUGGAAUAUCUUCCUACAAAAUCUGGUCAAUAUGAUAUUUCAAUUAAAUUUGCUGAACAACAUGUUCCCGGCUCUCCAUUUCAUGUCAAUGUACACGAUCGGUUAGACUCAAAUAAAGUUAAUGUUAAAAUGUCUCAAACGAUGCGAGCUAACGUACAACAAGAAAUAUUGAUUGAUGGACAAGCUGCAGGACCUGGAAUUCCGUCUGUUGACAUAACAGAUAUUCACGAUCGUCGUAAACCUGCAAAUAUUAGAUCUCGUGGUGAAGGUAUUUAUGUAGCUGAAUUUACACCAACAUCAGAAGGAUUACAUCGUGUUGAUAUAGCAUGGAGUGAUCAUCCAAUAGCAAAAAGCCCAUUUAACGUUCAAGUAUUUCCACAUUUUGAACCACAUAAAGUUAUUGUUGACGGUCCAGGUAUUCGAAGUGGUGUACCAGCAUCUUUACCAACCAAUUUUCGUGUCGAUACAAGAGACGCUGGUUUUGAACAUCUUGAUAUUCUAAUCAAAAAUCCUGAAGGUUUGAUUGUUCCAAAUAAAAUAAUUGAUAAUAAAGAUGGUACCUACAACGUCCAUUAUCGCCCUGAAGAUGUUGGUCGUUAUACAGUUAAUGUUAAUUAUGGUGGAAUACCCGUUAACAAUUCACCAUUCAUUGUAAAAGUGGAUCCAAUCGGUGAUCCGUCGAAGUGUCAUGUAUCAGGUCCUGGUAUUAGUCCACAUGUUCAAGUUGGUGAAGAGUAUACAAUCACAGUGGAUACUCAUGAGGCUGGACCAGGUGCUGUUACAUGUCGUAUACGUAGUACACAUGGAAAUGAUUUAGAUAUUGACAUUGUCGAUAAUCAAGAUGGUACAUUUAAUAUAUUUUAUACACCACAUAAUCCGGGUAAUUAUACGAUUAAAAUUAAAUUUGGUGGACAAGAUAUUCCUGGUGGUGAUCUUAUGGUUACGGCCGGAGAUGACAAAUAUUAUCGUGAUCAUAUCCAAGAGACACACACAUCAAAACACGUUGCCAGUCAAUAUCGACCUGUUGAUUUUCGAUUACCAGUUGGUGGUGGCCAUAUGAGCGAUAUUACAGCUUUGGUUCGUACACCAACAGGAAAAAUACAUACACCUCUUAUUGAAGAUAAUCUAGAUGGAACUGUUAGUAUUAAAUAUCAACCAUCUGAAAUUGGUUUACACGAAUUAGAUGUCUUUUACCAAGGACAACCUAUUGCAGGAUCACCAUUUAAAUUUCAUGUUGAUCAAGUUCAAACAGGUUAUGUAACAGCCUAUGGUCCUGGUCUAAGUCACGGUGUUUGCAAUGAACCAUGCCAUUUUCGUAUUGUGACCAAAGAUGCCGGCUCUGGAGGUUUAGCUGUUGCUGUUGAAGGUCCAUCCAAAGCAGAAAUUCAAUGUAAAGAUAAUAAAGAUGGAACAUGCGAUGUUACUUACUGGCCGGUAUUUAUGGUCGGUAGUCAGAGUGAAUUUAGUUUACGUGUUACAGAAACAGAUAUAAAUGAACUUCAUGCAACAAUACGUUCGCCAAGUGGAAUAGAAGAACCGUGUUUAUUGAAAAAAUUGACAAAUGGAAGUUUAGGAAUAUCAUUUAUACCAAAAGAGAUGGGUGAUCAUCUUGUGAAUGUUUAUCGUGAUGGAAGACAUAUUAAAAACAGUCCAUUUCGUAUUCAUGUUGGAUCAUCUGAAAUUGGUGAUGCAAGUAAAGUUAGAGUGUUUGGCAGAGGCUUACAAGAAGGUUAUGCAAAUCAAACAAAUGAUUUUACUGUUAUUACAAGAGAUGCUGGCUAUGGUGGACUAAGUUUAUCAAUUGAAGGACCAAGUAAAGCCGAUAUUGAAUGUCAUGAUAAUGAAGAUGGUUCUUGCCUUGUCACAUAUAAACCAACAGAACCUGGCAUUUAUAUCAUCAAUAUCAAAUUUGCCGAUAAACAUGUUACAGGUUCACCAUUUACUGUCAAAGUUGGUGGCCAAGGAUCGGGAAGACUAAAAGAAAGUAUUAUGCGUGAUAGAAAAGCAGCUGAAAUUACACAUAUUGGAAGUCAAUGUGAAUUAUCAUUAAAAAUACCUGAGUGUUUAAAUUGUGUGUGA